GCCUUGGCAACUCUAGCCCAUAUUCCUGCACAGCAUUCGACGUCCACGUCCACUACAACAACAACCAGCAGCAGCAGCAGCAGCAGUACAACAGCAAACAGCAGCUACAGCAGUCGUUGGCGAAAAGGUCUUGCGCUGUUCCAGAAAAGCCGAUCCAAGUGCUGGUCGCCCAUGACGCUUGCUGCAGCCACCGAGAAAUACGUUCGUCACAAGUCACCGCCCCAAGUCAAGUGUGAAGACUUGACCGCACGCGAGUUUGCCCAGUUGACUGGCAUCAAAAUCGUCGACGCCACCUGCACCUCUCCACCGCUCGAGUACAGUAACGAAACAACCACCCUUUCCAACGACAGCUGCACUACUACUGCUACUACUGCACAGCCACGUAUCUGGGAUUCCGAUUUCUGGCAGCAACAGGGAGGACAGCGACGACAACAACAACAACAACAACAACCAGAGCACUGUCAUCAUCAUCAUCAUCACCAUCAUGAACCUCCCAAUCCUCGUGUGAUUAUGAAAGGUCGGUUCAAGAUCAUGAUGGGUGAAGACGACGAGGAUCGGGAUUCCAAUAACACCACGGCAAGUGUUCCAAUAACGAACUGUGCCCGCCAGGUGGUCGAGUGGAAGCGGAAACGAUCAGCGUAAACCUGCGACUCCUUCAACACAGCAACAACAACAAUCUUCGCUCCUUAGUAUUCAAACAACUUCCAUCCAUAUACCCUUUACUUACCUUCUUCAUCCAUCUGUACAACUCACACAUUAUCAUUAAAAAAAAUGCACACUUCUCUUUGGGAGGAGUGUGAGAGAGAGAAAGAAAACAAACCUCCAUCGUUCAACAUCUUCCUUCAACCCUCCCUCUCUCUCUCUCUCUCUCUCUCUCUCUAUCUCUCU